AUGACCCUUUGACUCGGAAGGCGGCAGGUUGCGUGGUUGAAACAGAACCAACAAACUAAAGUACCAUUAGCCAUGUGGCUGGACUAGAGACACAGUGAUGCCAGCUGUAGAGCAUGUCCGUCUGGGUAGGAAGCGCACCUUGCCCCCGUGCCCAAACCCUCUCUUCCUCCAGUGGCUGUCAGAGCUACGGGACCAGGCGGCAGAGAAGGGACAGAAGACACAGUACGUUUAUCAGAAGGCUAUCAGCUCGUUGAAGAAGUACCCCCUCCCCCUCCAGAACGCUCGAGAGGCUAAGAUUCUACAGAACUUUGGAGACGGAAUCUGCAAGAUACUGGAUGAGAAGUUACAGAGGCAUUACAGAGAGAACGGUCCGGACGCUCCCAUCCACUCCCUUCCCAGCGGUGUGACGGUGGCCCCUAGUCGCCGUAGCAACAACAACCUGGCUCAGCCCACCAAACAGCCCUCUAGGAAAGAGAGGGAAGGAGGGAGGAGGAAAAGGGAAUACGUGCCCCAGAAGAGGUCUGGUGGAUAUGCUGUCCUGUUAACACUCUACAGAGAGUCUCAGGUUCCUGGGGGUAAGGGCUUUAUGUUUAAACUGGAGCUACAGGCUGAGGCCCAGCAUCUGUCUGACAAGUCCUUCUCUGUGCCUGAUCUAGGUAGUAAAUACACAGCCUGGUCCUCAGUGAGCACACUGAUACAGAAAGACUUGGUCCAGAAGACACACAACCCCGCCAGGUAUUCUCUGACUGAGCUGGGUUUGGCCCUGGCACAGAGACUAGAGGACGGAGAGAGAGAACAAGAAGAGGACAGGAGGAGUGACGUGAGGGAAGAAGAGGAGGGAAGUGGGCCCGGUGUUGUUGAUCUUACUGCCGAGGAAGAUGAGAAAAAGAAGAGAAUAGAGCCCAUAGCGGGGCCUACCCCGGCAGCCUAUGUUGCCCAGAGAGGGAGUGAGGUGCCUGGGGUAAACUCCUCAGAAAAGCCCCAGGCUGCAGAGACAAAGACUAGGCCGGCUGGAGGCUGUCUGUACCCAGGCAGUUAUGACAUUGUGCUAUGUGUGGACUUCAUUGAGACUACUGGGGGCAGCACGGCCUGUAAGCAGGAGCUGGUGAAGGAGCUGCAGAGGAACGGCGUAACCUUUGACGUCAGGAAGUUAAACGUAGGUGACUUCCUGUGGGUGGCCAAGGAGAGGGUCGCUCCCGUGUCAGGUCAGUUGCGUGCCCCCCCAAGUAGGGAGCUGGUCCUUGAUUACAUCAUCGAGAGGAAGAGGAUGGACGACUUGUGUGGUAGCAUCAUCGACGGACGAUUCAGGGAACAGAAGUUUCGUCUGAAGAGGUGUGGUCUACAGAAGCCCAUCUACCUGGUGGAGGAGUGUGGCUCUGCUGCUGCUCACCUGAGUUUACCUGAGACCACGCUGCAGCAGGCUAUAGUUAAUACACAGGUGGUAGAUGGCUUCUUUGUGAAGAGAGUCCAGGAUGUGAAGGAGUCUGUAGCCUACCUCACUGUCAUGACCCGAUACCUCACCAAGCUAUACCAGAACCGUACGCUGGUCUGUCGCUCCAGGGAGCUGGAGGGGGAUGGACAGAACGAGGAAGAGUGUGGAGGGAGGGAGAGAGAGGACCCCUCCUGUUCUCUCAUCUCCUUCCCAGAGUUCAACCAAGGAGCUGUCAAGAACAAGUGUCAGACAGUGAGAGAGGUGUUUGCCAGGCAGCUGAUGCAGAUCUCUGGACUAUCUGGUGAUAAGGCUGUUGCUAUACUAGAGCACUACAGUACUUUACACAGUCUGUUGAAAGCGUAUGAGCAGUGCCCCAGCGACACAGAAAGAGAGAAACUACUCUCCUCCAUCCGAUAUGGAAAACUGAAAAGGAACUUGGGUCCAGCUUUGAGUCGCACAGUCUACCAGCUCUACUGUACGAAAGGAGCACUGUCAUAGACACACUCUCGCUCACGCACCACAACACACACACACCUCUACAAUGUAGUGUUUAAAAUACUUUGUUCCUUUGUCAUUCCCUGCCAAGGUAAACCUAUAUGUAAAUGCUGCUAUUGUUGUGAUUUUUUUACUAUUUUCUAGUCAAGUGCGGCAGUGGGUAGCCUAGUGGUUAGAGCGUUGGACUAGUAACCGAAAGGUUGCAAGAUCGAAUCCC